AUGGCUCUGCGCAGCGGCCGCAGCUGGGGUGGAGGAGACGCCGCCGCGAGGCCCUCGGACGUGUUCGGUGCCCUCGUGCCAGGCUCGGGCUCGCUCUACGGGUGCUGCAAACCAGAACUUGAAGAAAAUGCAGAGUUACCUCAGACCUACAGUUCCCCCCUGUCAGCAUCAGAGUACUGUGCAGCCCUGGACCCUUCCCUUCUGUACCCGCCCUGGUCCACCUGUGCAGAUGAGACCAAGCAGCCUGCAGGUCCUCAGAGUAGCCUCAAGCCCAGGAUUCAGUCUGAAAGGAGUGAUUAUGGCAGUGAGGCAGAUUUGUAUGGACUCGUGUCCAACAUCUUGGAGGAACAAGAGAAACCACAGCCGUGCUGUGCUGAGGGGAGUUGCCCUCCCAGCCUGAAGUCAGUGUGGCCAGUGAAUGCCACCAGAAUCGUGGACCACCAUGACCUGCUGCCAGAGCCGAGGCUGCCCGGGGCUGGGGCUGUCCCAGCACAGGGUUUCUACAGCACUGACUCUGUCCCUGCUGCUGACAGGCAGUUCCUGCCCAGUGCCACCCUGGGGGCGACGCAGAGAGCCGAGGACUGUUUCCGCGGGCUCCCGGGGGUGAAGCUGGACGAGCAGAGCCUGUACCCUGCCAGGAGUGACCGUGCCACCUGCUGCCCCGCGCCGGGGAGCGAGGGCUCGAGGGCAGGCCCUGUGUGCCAGAGCUACCCGUUCCUGAAAAACACCUCUGCCCCCCGGGCUGGGUACUCGGACACACUCAGAGACUCGGGAGCUGAUGCUUAUCCCUAUGGAAGGGAGAAGGUGUGUCCCAAGGGACCAGGUGCACAGGUGCCCCCAAAGAGGGCAGAAACAUUUCUGCCACAGUGUCACAGAUACAGUGACUACACAGAUUACAGCAGGUACUCUGAAUAUCCUCAUGCUGGUGCAGCAAAACCCAACAAGAGCAGCAGCUACAGCCCGCAGGAAAACUGGAGGCUGGUGAAUGGAGCCCCCGAGGCAGCACCUCUGGACAUGGAGCCUUACGCUAAAUUAUUUCAGGUGAAAUCAGGAGCUCAGAAGAAAUUUGAAGAUUCACUUUCAGAUCAGCAUGACUUUGCAUUUCCCAAGGCUGUAGGACUUGUGUCAGAGAAGCAGUUUGCAAAUGACCCUUCCUUCUGCACUGAUUUUGGGCCAAAAUUUGAGUAUGGACUAAAGUCUUUUGCAGCUUGUCCAGGAAAUGGUGACUCUGCAAAUGGUGUGGAAAAGCAGCAGCUUUCCAAGGCUGAUCUUCAGAGUCCUGAGUCCUACCAGUCCCUCCCACUGCUGCCCAGCACAGCGGUGCCCUCAGCAGCCUCCAGCUCGAGGCCAGCCUGGGUGAACAUCCCGCCCAAGCCCACUGCUGCUUCCAGCCUCUUCCAGAGCCCCAGUCCUCUGGUGAAGCUGAGCAAUCAGUCAUCUGCUUUCCCAAAAGGUUCCAGUCACUCUAAUGAUGUUUUUCAGUCGCCAUCUUCAAAUCUGCCUUUCAGCAGCAAUUCACUUCACAAGUACUGCCAAGACAAUCCCUUUCCAUCCAGCCUUGACUUGGGCUACAGCAGUGCAGAACGAGCUUGGGCUGCUGCCUGCAUGGAGGCACUGGUGAGGGGUGGAGGGGAGAACCUCAUCGAGUGCCUAAGUGAGAAGUUGAAGCAGCCAAAUGGCUUCUGUGACAGUUACGUGGCUCAGCAGUUCGGGCUCCCUGGCGGUGUGAACAAGCAGUGCUUCCAGCCUAAGCCCCAGAGCGACCACUGCGACCCAGAGGGGCAAAGCCAGGGUGUGCUGCAGGACCUGUACCAGCAGCUGCUGGAGUCCCAGGGGCAGCUCCACCUCGGGGUGAGGAGUGAGGACAGCAGUGCCACCAGGGCUCCAGGCCUUCCCCGUGGCCUGGGGGGUGACCCCAGGUGGAAGCAGCAGCUGAGCUCCAGAGCCUUCCCCACCAGAUCCACUCCCCUGCUGAGCUACCCCCUGGUGAAGGAGCUUCCCGCCUGGUCCUCCCUGGAUGAUCUCAAGCACCUCUACCCUGGUUUGGCAGAGAAGAUGUGUAGUGGCAGUGCCUUCCCUGGGUUUGUGCCUGCGCUGGGCGCUCAGAAGCAGGGGAAGGUGCGCAGCGUGCCUGCCAGCGAGCUGCACGCCAGGCUGGAGGAGUGCUAUGAGCAGUGGAGAGCUCUGGAGAAGGAAAGGAAGAAGACUGAAUCAGUUCUUGCUAAGAAUUUCCAAGGGAAAAAGGUUUCCAGUGCUAACAACAUUCCAGUUCCAAGGCUGACAUCAAACCCAUCAAGAGUUGAUCGUUUAAUUGUGGAUCAGCUGCGGGAACAAGCCAGAGUCGUGACUCUGCUGGGGAAGGUGGAGCGUCUGCACAGCUCCCCCCGUCACCACAAGGUCUUCUCGGCCCUGGAUAAGCACCUGGAGGUGAUUCAUGCGGUGCAGGCACAGAGGAAGGAGGAGAUCGUCUGUGCCUCCAGCCAGCAGCGCCACGGACCCCCCAGGUGCCAGGAUGAGAGAG